AUGCCUCAACUUCUCAGUAGCAGCGGCGAGCAGCUUCCUGAACUGUCACAGCAAGGCGGCCUGGUUAGAGCCCAUGUCUCGACCGACAUGUACAUACCAUCCUGGCCUGGGACACACGCCAACGAUUCCACGGAUCUCGAUACAGACAGCUCAACGAUCGGCUCCAGCGAAAACUCUGACCACGGGUUCGAUCAUGAUAUUUACGACCCAAUGGAUGAUGGACACGUAUCCGAGACCGAAUACAAUGACUCAGACAACGACGGAACUAUGGGCGACGAGGGCGAGUCGGAUACCUCAUCGACGAUGUCGCUCAGUUCUACAGUCGAGAAUUAUUUCUUCUUGUGUGGACGACGCUACCCUAACCAGGAUACAGGCUAUAGUUAUGAACCGAUCGAUCCUAAACGAACGGAGUUGUGGGAAGAGAUUCUAACGGACAGAUAUUCAGGUGAUUGGGCGAUUGAUCUGGCCGACAACAACCCUGGCGUUGAUGUUAUAGGCAUUGAUAUCGUGCCCAUCCAACCCGAUUGGAUCCCGCCCAACGUCGAGUUCCAAAUCGACGAUUGCGAGCAAGAGUGGACCUUCAACGAGUCAUCCAUCGACUAUAUACAUGCUCGGGGCCUGAAUGGGAACGUCAACAGGACUAGGCUCACGAGGACUGUGUUCAAAACCCUCAAGCCGGGCGGUGUUGUUGAGUUUGACGAAAUGGCUAUCGACUUCGGGGCUUGUGAAUGGGACUUGGAAAUGGAGACUGUGCUGGGUGAUUGGAAAGAGUUCUUCGUGGACGCAGGAGAGAAGCGAAGGACUCCUUUCAUCUUUGUGAACGACACAACACUACAACAGGAGAUGAGAUCUGCCGGGUUCGAGGACGUAAAGGUGUAUACGUAUCAGAUACCACUUGGUACGUGGUCUCGAUCGGAAAAAGCUAUAAAGUUAGGAAAAAUCUUCCUAGAGACGUUGACAAAGGACAUGGUAGGCUCAGUCCUUCGUAUAGCGACUGAAGACCUUGGAUGGAGUGAGCAACAGGCCCAGGUCUUUGCUGCCACAGUCCGGAAUAAGAUAAACUUGGAUUGUAACAAGUGCAAGAUCUACACCACACGAACCAUCGUUUUUGGUAAAAAGCCGGGAUGUAGCUGAAAUGCUGCUGCGUACAGGGAAGGCUUUGGUUUCCAGGUCAAAAGCCAUGACUUAAAUUAUAUCCAUGUUUUAAUUUGCAUCCUCUUAGACAGUCCGCUAUAAUUCCUUGCUGUGUUGUCCGUGAGCAAGCUUGUUCAAUUAUCUCUACUUGCCAGCGCGAACGGGGACUGAUUUGAAUUGGCCGAUAAAGGCUGGCUGGGCAGUGGUGUGCUGCUGUCUGACUGCUUAGGGUAAGCUGCAAGUACCUGCACGCUAGUGCGGGGGCUGGAACAUUGGCUUUACAGCGCAUGGGCGGUACCUUCAUGGUACCAGCAUCAACGCAGCCACAGAAAGAGGAAAACAACAAUGACGUUGUAAAAGACGCAAUCAAACCAUACGGGACUUCUCCCAAUGCUUUCAGUCCUCACCUAAUCAUAAAAGACGAGGGUAUAGAAGAUUGUGCCUGGGAGCAUUUUCUUCCCCGC